UUUAUUGGCUAGCGGGCUCGAGAUAUAAAAGCAGCCGGAGAGCGCGCCAAAGCAUUCAGUAUUUGAAAACAAGUGACGAAGUAAUAAUCGGUGGAAACACCAAAACAAGCUAUCUUUACGAAGGAGUUUAAGUGAAACGAAACAAAGCAAGAAGAAAAAAAUGCCAGCUAUUGGAAUUGAUCUUGGAACAACAUAUUCCUGUGUUGGAGUUUGGCAACAUGGAAAUGUGGAGAUCAUCGCAAACGAUCAAGGAAACCGAACAACACCAUCAUACGUCGCAUUUACCGACACAGAGCGACUAAUUGGGGACGCAGCUAAAAAUCAGGUUGCUCUAAACCCUAGCAACACCGUUUUUGAUGCAAAACGUUUAAUUGGACGAAAAUAUGACGACCCAAAAAUCCAACAAGAUAUGCAACACUGGCCGUUUAAAGUCUUUAAUGACUGCGGCAAACCAAAAAUACAAGUGGAGUUUAAAGGUGAAACAAAGAGGUUUGCACCAGAAGAAAUCAGCAGUAUGGUGUUGACGAAGAUGAAAGAGACUGCUGAGGCGUACCUUGGAACAUCAGUACGUGACGCCGUUAUCACCGUUCCUGCCUAUUUCAACGACUCACAGCGACAAGCAACGAAGGAUGCAGGAGCAAUAGCCGGGUUAAAUGUUCUUCGAAUUAUCAAUGAACCCACAGCGGCAGCUCUAGCCUAUGGCUUGGAUAAAAACUUGAAAGGAGAACGCAACGUGUUAAUAUUUGACUUAGGUGGAGGAACAUUUGAUGUAUCUAUUCUAACUAUCGAUGAAGGCUCAUUGUUUGAAGUGAAAGCUACUGCAGGUGAUACACAUUUGGGAGGUGAAGACUUUGACAAUAGACUGGUAAAUCACCUGGCUGAUGAAUUUAAACGCAAGUAUAAGAAAGAUUUGAAAACCAAUCCACGCGCACUCCGUAGAUUGCGAACUUCUGCGGAAAGAGCUAAGCGUACGUUGUCUUCAAGCACGGAAGCUACUAUAGAAAUAGAUGCACUACACGAAGGUUUGGACUUCUACACGAGAGUAUCUCGCGCUCGCUUUGAAGAACUCAACUCAGACCUUUUCCGGGGAACUUUGGAACCUGUGGAAAAAGCCCUUAAGGAUGCAAAAUUGGAUAAGAGUUCUAUUCACGACGUUGUCCUGGUCGGCGGCUCUACCCGUAUUCCGAAGAUACAAAGUAUGCUGCAAAACUUCUUCUGCGGCAAGAAAUUGAACUUAUCGAUCAAUCCAGACGAAGCCGUCGCUUAUGGAGCCGCAGUACAAGCAGCCAUUCUUAGUGGUGAACAGCACAGUAAGAUUCAAGAUGUUCUGCUAGUUGAUGUGACACCGCUGUCAUUAGGAAUAGAAACUGCUGGAGGAGUGAUGACUAAAAUUAUUGAGAGGAAUGCCAAAAUCCCCUGCAAACAAUCACAAACCUUUACUACAUAUUCAGAUAAUCAACCUGCUGUCACUAUUCAAGUUUAUGAAGGAGAACGCGCCAUGACAAAGGACAACAACCUAUUGGGGAGAUUCGACCUCACAGGUAUACCACCAGCUCCUCGUGGAGUACCAAAAAUAGAUGUAACAUUCGACCUAGAUGCCAAUGGUAUACUCAACGUAUCUGCGAAAGAGAACAGCACUGGUCGAAGCAAGAACAUAGUGAUCAAGAACGACAAGGGCCGUCUAUCACAAGCUGAAAUUGAUAGGAUGGUAUCUGAGGCCGAACAUUACAAGGAAGAAGACGAGAGACAACGAGAAAGAGUUUCGGCGCGAAAUCAGUUGGAGUCAUAUGUCUUCAACGUGAAACAGGCUCUGGAUGAUGCUGGAGACAAACUCAAUGAACAAGACAAAGAAACAGCACGUCGCGAAUGUGACAACGCCAUAAAAUGGAUCGAUAAUAACACCUUAGCGGAUAAAGAAGAAUAUGAACACAAACUAAAGGAACUUCAAAGAAUAUGCAUGCCAUACAUGAGCAAAAUGCAUGGAGCUAGUCCAGGAGCCGGGUCCGAAUACCAGCAGCAAUCACAACAUUCAGGGCCCACAGUAGAAGAAGUAGAUUAAAUGAUUGUGGAGCAAACGCACCAUACAAUAUGAUCUCUAAUCCCACCAAAGAUGGUUCCUUCCUAGUAACAAAUUGUUAAUGAUAAGUGUAUUUUAGAAUUAAGUAGUUACACCAACAAAUGAUCAUCAUGCUGCAAAAAUAAAUAGUUUAAUUAAAAAAA